CAGCCACCCACGACCCUCAUGCACGGACCAUCUUCUGCCUCCCGCGAAGCGAGUUUGCGCAACAUCGUGCUGGACUAUCUCGUCCACCAUGGAUACAGCUCUACGGCGCGCGCUUUUUCUCAAAGUAGUGCAAUGCCACCGCCUGUCGACAGCGACGGCGACCAAGUCAUGGGCUCGGUUGUUUCCUCACCCACCGAUGAAAGCUUGCAUCACGUCGACCUCAGACAAAGGGUCCGAAGUCACAUUUUGAGCGGCCAAGUAAACGACGCGAUUGAGCUGCUCGAACAACACUUCCCGACUGUGUUAUCUGUCGACUCAUCCUCUUCAAAGCCCACAAAAUCUGUAACUGGUACCGACUUUGUGGCGUCCUCGACCGUGAACCCUGAGCACCUCAACCUCAACCUGCGAAUUUUAGCGUUCACUGAAGCAUUCCGUGCUGCAUAUCUUGACCGUGGGGAAGCAUCGCUCGACAACGAAGACGACCGACAUAUUACCGAUCUCCUUUCCAAACUCACCAAGCUCCACGUUCUCGUCAACAUGCUCCCCAACCCCGAGCGUGCGAUUUACGCUGACGAACUCAACAAUGUUUCCGGUCUUCUCGCCUUCCCAGACGUUCGAAGCAGCUCUGUUGCGCGAUAUCUAAGCCAAGAACGGCGGGAUGCCGUGGCCAAUCAAAUCAAUACUGCCAUCCUUUAUCGCAUGGGACAUCCUGCUAUCUCGCACUUGGAGUUGUCGACGCGUUAUACUUCGACUUUGGUCUCUUUCCUUAAUGAUCUCCAAAUACUAGCUCCAGGCCAGAAAGAGGGCAAAGCGGGAGAGCUUGUUGGAUUCGACAUUCGGCAAGUGAUACUACCAACAGCGUGA